AUGCCCCUCCUCACCCUCUCCAACGAACUCCUCCUAGAAGUCGCCAACUACCUAGAAUGGGACAGCGACAUAAACGCCUUCAUGCAGGUCUCGGGCCGAACAUACUACUUGCUAUCACAAAGGCUGUUCUGGCACAACGUGUUCUGGUCUGAGAGUACAGCCUUCGAAUGGGCUCUGUACCGCGGCUAUGCAUCGGUUGUCGAGAAAGCCCUUGACGCCGGGGCGUGGACAAACAUUGAUUACAAAACGUUUUCGGGUCCGCUGGACGUGGCAAUACAUUAUGGAUAUGCCGAUGUGGUGAAGGUGUUGCUAGAGAGAGGCGUUGACGUUGACGAGGAUCCAACGUGGAUUAUUAGUUCGGCUAAUGGGAUACUUGAGAUUGGGGAUAAGUCGCCUCUAUUUAAGGCGCUCGUGCGUGGUCAUCCGGAUGUGCUGCAGGUGUUUUUCUCGUUUGUGAAGAAGUCUCAGGGGUAUGAUGUUGGGAAACGAGCACGGCCAGUGCGUGGUGGGUGGCAUACCUAUGGGAUAAACGUGACUAAAGCGGCUGCGGAGCAAUUGAUGAGGGAUAGUGCUGCGAGGGGGGAUUUGGAUUCGGUGAAGUUCCUGACAAAGUUUCUACCCAGUUUGAUCAACAGCGAGGUUGAGGAUACGUUUGGUACCGCGCCGAUUAUUCAAGCCGUGAAGAACAAUCAAAUCGAGGUUCUUCGAUUCUUGCUUAAAGCUGGCGUGGAUCCAGGCCGGGAUAUUAUGUUUAGGGAAGACACACCCUUGUACCACGCGGCGCAAAAUGGUAGUGUCGAGGCUGUUCAGCUUCUGCUUGAUAAAGGGGCUCGUUUGGAUCCUCGUAUGAAGUACCGGCAGGGCGGCCGCGGACAUUCCCUGGAAAUUCUGGAGACGGCUGUCACAAAUGGGCAUGUCAAAGUUGCUGAGAUCCUAUUGAGAUUGAUCAGGACCAGAUCCAAGAGUAAAAGCACUCUUAAGGAUAAGGAUACUCUCAUAACCGCGGCAGCAGCUUGUGGUUUGGCCGAUCUUGUUCAGGAAAUCCUUGACAAUGUGCACAAAGGAUAUCAGAAAGUGGAAAAAGGCCAGCGAACAUUCCUAAGCGAUAAUUCAAGACUGAAACCGCUUGCAGUGGCUACACAAAACGGCCACAAGGAUGUCGUCUCAAUGCUGAUCGAUUACGGCGCUGAUAUGAAGGACAUCACCAGUACCUCACCACUCAUCAGAGCUGUUUCAAGUGGUCACACUGAGGUCGUCAAAUUGCUUCUCGAUAAAGCUGUUGCGGAUCUAACCGAGACCAACAUUUACAACCUACCUGUUCGCUAUUUGGCCCACUCAAAGCAGUGUACCCAUGGUUUUGCUGCUUUGUGCCAUGCAGUACCAUUCCCGUCGACUUUUCAGGUACUUCUCGAUAAAGGUGCUCAGCCCGCAUCCAGAGCGGAGAAAUUGAUCUUGGUGACAGAAGUUGUGAGGUUUGGUAGUGAAAAGACGGCCCAGAUACUUUCUAAGCAAGGCAUCUUACUGGAGGCGUCCGAAAUAGAGUCUGCGGCAAAUGAAGGAGCAGGAGAGCAGUCACUUGAUGCCACUUUCGACGAUGCAAUUGGACAAGCUGCCAGGCAGCGAGUUGAGCAACCAGGUGAGCAAUCAGGCGGGAAGGCGCUCGAUCCAACAGCAAAAACAAAAGCGGAGCAAAGAAAGAAGGGGAAAGCAAGGGGAAAAGCGAGCAAAAAAAUACGUUCACUCAUUCAGGAAAUCGGCCCGAAUUCCCAGGAGGUGAAAGAUAUAAUGUUAAGUGCUCUCGUGGCCGGUGACGCAAGAAUGGUCGGCUACCUCUGUAGUCAAGGAUGCAGUCCAAACCACAAAUGGCCAGGGUUUUCAAAUGACAAAAUGUCGAGCCUGGAGGUAGCAGCAAUGGCACGUUUUUGCGAAGAUACAGCUACAACACUUGAUGUGCUGCUGCACCACGGCGCCGAUAUAAACCAGUUGCAAGGAGGCUGGAGCAUCAAUUGUCCAGACGACCGAUACUUGACCGCACUGAAACUCCUUGUUGAGCGUGGAGCCGACGCGGCUCCGCAUACGAGUAAAUGGGGACUUAAGGUGCUGAAAUUGGCAUCAAAAAUGCGAUGUCGAAGAACUACUCGGUUUCUGUUGUCUGAGAGCUGUAAUCGGGGUGCCUCUUUUGCUGUUGUUCAAGAAUUGAUAAAAUUCUGUGAGGAGCAUCUGAAACGGGGGUGUGACUUGAAAUUUGAGAAGGUUCUGACAGACGCUUACUGGCGAUCGAUAUAUCCAGUUCCGAGGGAGAAGACUACCUGA